GCCAUGUCUGACAUUUGUCUGUGACUGUGUAUCAAAUUAUCUUGCUUGUUUGGUUGGACGAGAAAUUUUGAUAAGAUAAAAUUAUUAUGAACAUUUGCAUAAUGAUAAAGUAUUGCGAUGGUGUAAGAAAUUAGUAAAUAAGAUAUAUGCAGCAUUGCUGAUUGUGUUAGUUUCACUAUUGACAGGAUGGAACAUUUUGGGCUCUCGCAUAUUUUAUACGAGCCAGAUAAAUAUAAUCCAGACACUUUGGACCUGCUAGUCGACGAAGAAGCAAGGGAAUAUUGGCUUAAUACAUGUGAGAAACUGGUAGAAAAAUAUGUUAAUUUUGCAUUGGCUAACACCGAAGAUCCAACGGUAGAAAUAAGAGCUCUUAAAUUUAAGACCUGCUAUGUAGAAGCUCUAAAAGAACUUCGAAUCAAUCCCCUUGCUCAUGGGCAGUUGACUAUUCGAUUGCUCUUGGACAUCAACGAAACAUGCCUACGUUCUCAGGGAUUUUUUGACCUAUGGAAACAACAAAAGAAAUAUGAAAAUGAAGGAGCACUCACAUCACUUAGUUCACGAUUGGCAGAAAUUGAUGCUAUAUCGGACGAUAAACAACGUUGGACUGAACUGUGCAGAGGAGUAUUGGCAGGCAAUAUGUUUGAUUGGGGAGCUCAAGCAGUAACUGAUAUAUUAGAUUGUGGUCUUUACGAAGCUUUGCAAAAGAUUCAGAAGAGACCAUGGCUCUAUGAUGGACUAGACAAAUGGCUUGAAAAGCUCGAGAAAACAGUACAUCAUUGUGCUGCUGUGUUUGUGGAUAAUAGUGGAGUUGACAUAGUACUGGGCAUAUUGCCAUUUGUUAGAGCGUUACUACUCAGAGGGACAUCUGUGAUUCUUUGUGCCAACGAGUGGCCAGCACUGAAUGAUGUUACCAAUGUUGAAUUGGAAGAUAUUUUGCAGCGUGCUUCAAUAAUUUGUCCAGUAUUGGCAGCCUCAUUGGCUACUGGAGAUUUAGUAGUUCGAUCAAGCGGACAAAGGGGUCCAUGCCUUGACCUCAGAACAAUAAGUGUUGGUUUAUGCACCGAAAUGAAAGUGCGUGGUGUGGAUUUAAUUGUAUUAGAAGGAAUGGGCAGAUCUCUUCAUACAAAUUUAAAUGCACGUUUAGCUGUAGAUUCACUAAAACUGGCAGUAGUAAAAAAUGCUUGGCUAGCUCAAAGGCUUGGUGGACCACUAUUCUCAGUCAUUUUUAUUUAUGAGGAAAAGCCUACUCAAUCCUAACUGAAUUUACUGAAAAUGAGUCGAAAACAAAUACAUAAUACACCUACAUACUAAUAAUUUUCCAGUAUUCUUUAAAGUAAGC